AUAUGCAACAUUUUAAAACCACACAAAAAGGAAAGGAAAUUUUUAGUAAAGCCAGCAGCCUGCAAUGGGGCUGCUACUGCUGCGGCUAACCAAACAGCUCCUGCUUCUCUGAAGACUUGCAGCAAGGCCUGCUGAGGCUCACAGAAGAUAGCCCCAGAGUCUUAGAAGUCAUCCUUACUUUCCCUCAAGAUGACAAACAGUUCAUUCUUCUGCCCAGUUUAUAAAGAUCUGGAGCCAUUCACGUAUUUUUUUUAUUUAGUUUUCCUUGUUGGAAUUAUUGGAAGUUGUUUUGCAACCUGGGCUUUUAUACAGAAGAAUACGAAUCACAGGUGUGUGAGCAUCUACUUAAUUAAUUUGCUUACAGCUGAUUUCCUGCUUACUCUGGCAUUACCGGUGAAAAUUGUUGUUGACUUGGGUGUGGCACCUUGGAAACUGAAGAUAUUCCACUGCCAAGUAACAGCCUGCCUCAUCUAUAUCAAUAUGUACUUAUCAAUUAUCUUCUUAGCAUUUGUCAGCAUUGAUCGCUGUCUUCAGUUGACACACAGCUGCAAGAUCUACCGAAUACAAGAACCUGGGUUUGCCAAAAUGAUAUCAACCGUUGUGUGGCUGAUGGUCCUUCUUAUAAUGGUGCCAAAUAUGAUGAUUCCCAUCAAAGACAUCAAGGAAAAGUCAAAUGUGGGUUGUAUGGAGUUUAAAAAGGAAUUUGGAAGAAAUUGGCAUUUGCUGACAAAUUUCAUAUGUGUAGCAAUAUUUUUAAAUUUCUCAGCCAUCAUUUUAAUAUCCAAUUGCCUUGUAAUUCGACAGCUCUACAGAAACAAAGAUAAUGAAAAUUAUCGAAAUGUGAAAAAGGCUCUCAUCAACAUACUUUUAGUGACCACAGGCUACAUCAUAUGCUUUGUUCCUUACCACAUUGUCCGAAUCCCAUACACCCUCAGCCAGACAGAAGUCAUAACUGAUUGCUCAACCAGGAUUUCACUCUUCAAAGCCAAAGAGGCUACAUUGCUCCUGGCUGUGUCGAACCUGUGCUUUGAUCCUAUCCUGUACUAUCAUCUCUCAAAAGCAUUCCGCUCAAAGGUCACUGAGACUUUUGCCUCACCUAAAGAGACCAAGGCUCAGAAAGAAAAAUUAAGAUGUGAAAAUAAUGCAUAAAAGACAGCAUUUUUUGUGCUACCAAUUCUGGCCUUACGGGACCGUAAAAUUAAAUACAGCUUUGAAAGAGGGGAAAAAAAAAACUCAGUAAGAAAAAAUACAAUUAG